AUGACAUCUGAACAUCAACAUCAACACCCCCACGGGGAGGAAUGGGAGGGUGAUUUUGAUCCCUUUGCUGAUCCCGAGGAGAAGAGAGUGCUAUUUGCCGCUGUGGACUCAUUCAGGCAGUAUCGGCGAAAUGCCCACAUGAAUACAACUCAUCGCCGGCGGCAGGCUUUCUACGCCCUGCCAUCGGCACACUGGCAGAUGCUGUCGGAGCCACCAUUCUCCAUUCUGGACAACUUCAACAGGGUGGAUGAUGCCAUCGACACCAACGCUGAGAUCGCUGAUGCAAUUGUUGAACUCGGGUUGCAAUCGUUCGAUCUCCCUGCCAUUCCAGACAAAGAUGACCCUACUAAAAAUUGGCAUGACAUCGCCACAUCAUCAGACGUGAACAAGGCACAUUCCACGAUCCGUCAGUUCUACCGUGAUUGGAGUCUAGAAGGGCGAGCAGAAAGAGAAGUUUGCUACGACCCCGUCCUGAAGGAUCUCCACGACGAGUUCCAGACCCGCCGCGACAACGGAGAGGAGAUCCGCGUUCUGGUCCCUGGCGCUGGUCUUGGCCGACUAGUCUUCGAGAUCUGCAUGGCUGGCUACGACGCCGAAGGAAACGAGAUCUCAUACCACCAGCUGCUGGCCAGCAACUGGGUUCUCAACCACACGGACGGCCCAUCAAAGCAUACACUCCAUCCCUUCGCGCUGCAUUUCUCCAAUCUUCAAUCCCGCACCCAGCAGCUUCAACCGGUCCAGAUCCCAGAUGUGCACCCAGGACUCGCGAUGCAAGAAGCAGUCGCCGCCGGCCGACGACUCGGCACCAUGUCGAUGUCCGCGGCCGACUUCACGGUGCUCUACGCGCAGCCCGAUCACCAGGAAACCUUCGACGCGGUGACGACGGUAUUCUUCAUCGACACGGCACCGAACCUGAUUCGCUACAUCGAGGCGAUCCGACACAGCCUCAAGCCCAAUGGGCUCUGGAUCAAUGUCGGUCCACUUCUGUGGCACUUUGAUGACGGCCACUCCCGCAAACCGGGCGAUGCAGGACAAGGACACGAGCCUGGUAUCGGGGAGCCUGGAAAUGUGGAGCUGAGUGAGGAAGAGGUGCUGAGCCUCGUGGAGCACAUGGGCUUCCGCUUGGAGAAGCGCGGUGAUCGGCGGGCGUGUGGCUAUAUUCAGGACCCUAAUAGCAUGUUGCAAAACCUUUACCAGCCCUCACACUGGGUGGCGCGAAAAGUUGACAGGGUCUGA